AUGGAAAACAUGGCGGGUGUUGAAGUGACGGGUGAACCCAAUGUUGUUUUGAAAGUUGGUGAAUCCUUCUUUCCUUCUCAUCGUGAAACAUUAUCUCAAUGUAGCCCUUAUUUUCAAGCAAUGUUUGGUCAUAAUUUUAUUGAAAAGGACCAAAGCGUCAUAGAAAUUCAGGCUGGUAUCUUCUUAACGAACCACCUAGUGAUUUUCAAUGUGGAACCGGAAGCAAUGAGAUCUAUUUUGGAGUAUGUAAAAACCAAUGAAAUACCUAGAGACAUUUUAAAAUCAAACGAAAUUCUUUCUUUAUUACAAGCAUCUAGUAUGCUGCAGUUUGAAGGGGUGCAAGAAAUAUGUGUCAAUGUAAUAAUUCAGGAAUGGCUUUCAGUUGAUACAUGUUUACAGACAAUGGCUACUGCUCAUGUCUUAGAUUUGAUUUCAUUGUACCGUAAGGCAAGAGCACUAGCAUUUUGGGAAUUUUCAACUGUUAAAACAACAAGUGCUUUUUUUGAUCUGUCCAUUGAUGCAUUGGAGAAUUAUUUAGGUGACGAUGGACUAAAUACCAAACAAGGAGAAUUUGAAGUGUUUGACGCUGGACUCAGUUGGUUACAAGAAGAUCCGGAAAGUAGAAAACAAUAUAUACUUCGCAUCCUUGCAUGUGUCCGUUUUUCAGAUAUGAGUGCUUCUGAUAUCAGAACAAUGUUCUUAUAUCCGAAUGUCAAUGAGGACCAAAAAGCAUUAAAUACAUUACUUUAUGUAUUAAAAAUAAAAGAAGGCAAUAUUUCAUGUAGCUCAAAGAAGACUUCAAGAAAUUCAGAUGAUUCUCAAACUGCUGAAGAACAAGGGAAAUGUGCUGCAGAAUCUCCUACUUCCUCCGAAUCAAAUAAACAUGAAAAAUCUAAUAAAUGCUGUUAUUGUAGCUUAGAGUGUUGUGGAUGCAUUUGCAGAGGACUUCGAAGACAUUCAAGUUCAUCAGCUUUCUCUAAUAUAGAAAAUAGUACAAAUCAUAGGCGCAAUUCUAACGGUUUGGGUUCAAGGCAGAAGAACUCAUUUAGUAAAAAUCAUUCUCUUUCAUCAUCUAAAGAAGGAAGUUGCAACAAAUCAUCUACAUCUGAUCAAGAUAAAGCUUCAACAAAUGAAGAAGAAAAUGAGACUGAAGUAAUCCACAGAGCUCUGCAGUUACUAAGUAAACCACAACGUCAAUUGCCCUUCGUUGCGUGUGUGAUAGGGCAUAAAAGUGACUCUAUUCCGAAAGAUAAAUUUAUGCCAAGGACAAAAUCUUAUGCUAUUUACUUUGAUGAGAAACUUAAACAACCAGUACCUUUCAUUUACUUAACUAAAAUUAACGAUGGGCCUAUGGAACCAACUGGGUAUAAAGUUAUUAGUAAAGGUCAGGAUCUAUAUGUAAUAGGUGGUGAAUACUUAUUAGGAUAUGGUAGAUGGAACUGUUCUGUUUGGAAAUAUAGUAUGUGGCAAGAUCAAUGGACAUGUGAGACUAGCCUUCCAGAUCCCAGAAGACAUCACUCAGUUUGUGUAAUUGACGAUGAUAUUUAUAUUAUUGGUGGGUUUGGCAGACAUCGUGUUAUUAUGGGUACUGUUGAGAGGUAUAACAUAGCAUCAAAAACCUGGACUCGAAGGGCACCUUUACCUAUAAGCAUGUAUUCGGCUGCUUGUUGUGUUCAUAAAGGAUUUAUAUAUGUAUUUGGUGUGGAGAAUUGUUAUUAUAAUGUCAAAGAAAAUUCAUGGUAUUCAUUCAACAAACCAUUGCUUCCUGGUAAAAUGACUUUCAGUUGUGCCAUGUCACAUGAAGACAGCAUUUACCUUGUAGGUGCUUAUACUUCAGAACUUAUGCGUUUUUCCCCGGAGCACCUCUACAGUCCAAAUGAUGGAGAAGAAGAAAGCUUUGAAACUUUGGGCAGUUUUAAAUACCGCUCCGUCUCUGCUUGUUUAACAAACAGCAAAAUUUAUAGUUUUUCUGCUAAUGACCAAGGACAUAUUCAUGUUGAAAUGUAUGACAUAACUACAAGGGAAUUUCAUGUGGUUUGGAAAGGAUCCGAUAAGGAAGCAGGUGGGAUUACUGAUUUUAAUCCUAAGAACUGCAUAGGCUGCUUCCCAGUAGUUAUGUAUUGAACAUAGAUACAUAUAUUUUUAAGAUUCCUUCCUCUUGUAGCUCAGCAGAAUUUUCCAAGGAAAGUAAUGAGGGUUACUGCCAUUUUAUUUUCAAAAAUCACGGAAAUAACGUUUUAAGAAUCAAAUAUUAAAACAGUUCCAAAUUGACAAAUUCAUGGACAAGAGAAGCUCAUUAAAUUUUGUAUUACUAUUCCCAAAAAAUGUAACUUAAAAUAGUUAUCAGAAUUUUACAGUAAUAAUCUUUUUUACCCAGGUUCGUCAAGUGUUUAUUUCUUGAGAUCACAGAAUUGCUAAUUUUGAAGAGCAGUACAUUAAGAAUUAAAAGUAUGAUGCAAUGGAAAAAAAUUUAAGAUUAAUUUAUUGGAAUUAUAGUUUUACAACGGGGCUGGGAAUGAUAAUUGCAUUGUUUAGCACUUAUCCUGUUAUUUCUAGUGCUUAUGUUCAAAGCAUAGACUAAGCUUCUAGAGUACAUUUAUUUUUGCUACUAUAUUUAGAUGCUGUGUCUUUUCCUCCUAAUCUACCCUUGCAGAGCAAACUUUGCUUAUUACAUGUUUUUUUUCAGUCUAACUCAAAAAUGAUGUCCAUUUGACUUGUUUUAUAAGUGUUGAAAUUACUCUAAAGUUAAGGACAUGACAGGAAAAGUUUUCAUAAAACCAGAAUAUAUACCAGAUAGUUUAGCUAUGCAAGAUAGGCAGACCCAAAGAACUCCAGGACACCAAAGUGAAUGUGAUGUUUUUAGUAAAAUUAUAAUUCAUACCUAUGUAUUGUGAAAAAUCAUAGGUGUUCUUUGAAAUGAAAAGGUGUAUACUUCUUGACAAGGCCAACUUUUGACUUUGCCAUUGCUGGAUCUAAAUGUUGUGAUAUAGUGUUGUGCAAUUGUUUCCCAAUAUGUACAGCCCAUAUUGGCACCUCUAGUUUCACAAUCAGUAAUGAGCAUUAGUGAAUCAGCAGAGUGCAGAUAAAGAAAUUAGGUGGAAAUGUAAACCUACUAUGUAUUUGUCCAUUAUAAAGGGCAAUGUAAUUCUUAAUGUACCAAAUAUUCUCUAUACUUCCAACUUGAUUUCUGUGCCUCAAACAGUAUUUUGUAACAUAUUUAAAACAAAAUUUCUUCAUGGUUUCAUGUUACUAGGAUUCUUGUUCACACUCAAAAAAGUUUGUUUUUACUUGUAAUCUCUUGAAGUGAUAAGUAUUGGCAAGUAGUUCAAACACUUUUAAAACAAACAAAAUUAUUUGUAAAACAUUCAAUAUUAACCUUCAUUUUGCUUCCCAGUUCAAUGAGAUACAAAUAUAUUUUUUAAAUGCAAAAAAUGUAGGAAAAACACUUACCACCACCACACUUGAAUCCUGGUAGUCUUCCAUUAGGAUCGGAUUAUCAUGCAUUUGUAGUAAGGGGUUGAGAAUUCUUCCUUUUACAUUUCAACUCAAAUUACCCAAGCCAGAAAAUUUUUGUUGCAAUUUUGCAGCAAAAUUUUCAUUAAAAACAAGUUGCAUCAGAAUUCAAGUAAUCUGGGUUUGAGGAUUUAUGGUUUGUCCUAUAAUUGAAAAUCAUAAUUAAUAAUGAAAACAAUUCACUUUUAUGUUAAAAAAUAUAUUUUCUUCACAUUAUAUCUUUUCCCAAACCUAAAUGUCAUUGAGUUCUUGAGAUUUUGAAGAAUGUAGCUCUAUCUCCAUUGAAUUUUCAUAAAUGAUGCUGUUGAAAUUUGAUGGUGUAUAAUUUAAAAAAAAAAUUAAAUACACACACACACACACUUUAAAUAAUUAACUAAACACACACAUAUACAGUCAAAUUAUUAAUUAUUGUGGGCAAUAUGACAAACUUUCUUUCAAUAUAAUUUUUUUCCAAUUAUCUGUAUUUUUGUAUUGUGAAGGAUAAUUGAGAACAAACUGAUGUAAUGGGAAGAUAGAAUCUGAAGAUAUCUAAAAUUCUGUGAUCUCUGAUCACUUAAUUAAAUGAUAAAAGUUGACUGAUAAUGAUAAAAGGACUGCAUCUUUGUAUUGCAGAAACAUUUAUGAUACUAAUAUAGUGAGAGAGAAUUCCAUAUGGUGGUAACCCUAGAUGUAUAUUGCUCUUUUGUGGCGUUAUAAGUUUCAUUAUGUAUUUUUCUCAGGCAAUAUGUGAUAUGACUUGACACCAAUUAUUGGAAAAAUAAGUUUCUUUAAGUUGUAAGAAGAUAUAAUCUUUUAAAGUAAGAGGUUGUAUUUUAAUUUUAAUACUAAUUCUUUUAAAAUGAAGGGCCUUCAUAAAACAAGAUCAUGGAAAGACUGAAAUGUAUAAUAUGUAUGUGACUUAUGUAAUGAACUUUAUAUUUCUUUAUGCAGUAUUAUUUAAAGACUUAUUAUUAUAAAAUACUGACUUUAUAAAACUUGGAUUUGAAAUUGUCUACCUGUAACUAUGCCCUUUCGCAAAACAGAGCAUCAAGUGGCUCCUAUGGGCCAUCUUAGAAAUAUGAAUUUAUCUCAUUGUUAUGGUCGAUUUGUAUUCAGUACUGAACAUUUGAAUCAAUAGCCUAGGUCUGCCAGGUCCAUGAAUUUAAAAAAAUAUUACAAGUAAAUUUAAUAGAGCAAAAACAAGAUGAAGAAACUAAUAAUUCAGGGAUAAUGAUUUCUUUUGUAAAAUAAUUAUAUCAAGAUGUUUGGAAUCAAAGUUAAAAGGUUUUUUCCACAAACAGAAGCACAACCUGAACUUUAAUGAUACAUGGUUUACUUUUAGAUUGAUAGAAUUAAAAAAUCGGUUCAGGUGAUAAAAAGUGGAAAACGCAGCCUUUGAAUUUACAUUCUGCAUAAAAAAAUCUUUAUUCAUUUUCAGACAGUUAACUGUGAAAGGAGUUAAUCAUAAUUUAUUUUUAAUAUUAACCUCUUCAGGAGUUAAUGUAACUUCAUUUUAGUUUACUGUUAAUUAAAUAGAAAUGUACAUGUCUUUAAAUAUGCUUUAAGGGGAGGGGGGAUCUUUAUCUAGCAAAUUUUCCACCUCUAGAUAUCAGGGUUCAUAGUUCCAUAAUUUAUGUGAAAUUUCUGGUGGAGGGGUUCGUACCAGGUUUUCCUGUUUUUCCCAUGAUCUCAUUCCACUGACAUCUUGAUCUUGAUCUCGUUCAUUAAUCAUUCUUUAACUUAUCAUUAGUUUAAUUACAUAAUUUUCAGUUAUUGCUGCUUCACUGGGGUAACACACGAUUGGCUAAUUGGACUUGUCUAUUUAUCAUCCCCUUCUUCAUUGUAAUGCUUUAAAAUAACUUCAUCAUUUCUUUGAUAUUAUGUAUCCCCCUAUACAUCUAUUGAUAAUUUAAAAAAAAUUAAUAAUCUGUUUUAAAAUUAGCCCUAUUAGCCAAAAGUGCUCAAGUGUGACAAAAAAUGUUAUCCAAAGAUACUAUCUGAAAAUUGCCGAAAUAUCAAGGUUCCAUUUGACCAGUUGUCCAAUUGUCCCUCAUGAACUUCAAGAUGACUCUGGCUGCAGUGUAAAUAACAUGAAAGAAUGUUGAAUUUUUUUGUGUUUUUACACAAUUAUUCACUCAGAGUAUUCAAGUUGUGUUUAAGACCUCAUAUCAGUUGUCUCAUCUUCUUUUUUUCAAGGAUAAGUAGACAUAAAAGAAACUUCUACUACUAUGAGUGCAGACUAGCACAAUUUAAUGUGUCUUCAAUGAGUCAAAAUAUGAGAGAGGUCAUUUGUCAAGUACAUACCUCUCCAUUUUUAAUUUGCCAAACUUCUGCAUUUCACAUCACUUCACAAUAUUAACAUUUCACUUUUUGUGAUAGGUGGAAAUUAUACAUAAUUUCAUAAUUCAUUACUUUCAUUUUUAAAACACUAGAAAAAUAGGGAGAUGGGCUUCCAGGAAGAAGUUAAAUAAUGUUGCAGCAUUUGUGAUUCUAUCUAUAAUUGUUUUUUUAACUUAUCAAAUCCCUCACUGACUUCUUUAAUUCCUUGAUUUAGUAAAUUAUGUGACUAGUGUAAAUUAACAGACAAGUGUGAAUGAGUUUUGAUUUUCUUUGUUUACAAUCUUCCCAUGUGUAUCCUAGACAGUCAUGCCAAAAAUGCAUUUGUCCCCUUUAUUUGAGAUUACUGAUACAUGUAAAACCAAAACUUUAUUAUUGUUCAUAAGUAUAAGCUGAGAGCUUUUUAUACAAUUAUCAGCAUGUGCAUAAAGUCAAUACAUAGAAAUUUAAAUCACUGGUUCCCAACCGGUUGUUAAUCCUUACCUAGAGGACUAUGUGAAGUUAUUGUGCAACUUAUUUUAUUUCAGGAAGUUCUCCUAUUUUAUAUGUAUUUCAAAGCACUUGACUGUUACACAGUACAUCCAGGUAUGGUGUAACAGACUGCACUGUGAAGUUUUAAAAGCUCCCAAUAAAUUUAAUCCUGGUUGAGAGAAUCUGGAGGUUUCUAUUUUGUAUUGAGCUGUUGUCGCUCUACCCUCCUGUUAUUGCAAUUGUUCAGGAGGGUCAGUGACACAAAGGCAUAGUCAUGCAACAGCAUUUUGUUUCAAUCUUCAAAUUAUUCCGAUUUGAAAAAGGCUACUAUUAGUUGUACAAGAUUUGUAUUAACAAAUUAUUUAUAAUUAUAUUUAAAUUGUAAAUGUGAUGCAUAGUAUGAAUUAUAAAGAUGGGGAAACUAUUGUAUAAAAUCUUCACUAUGAAUGUUACUUCAGCAUUAAUGAAUUAUGAAAAUGAGGUCAAACAGAUUGAUUAUGGAUGGCCUUGUGGGAUUUCAUCACUGCCAGAUUAUUUGGAACCAUUUAAGAAACAUUACACAUUUAUAAUUCUCAUAAAGUAAGAUAUAGUAUGUAAAAACAGUCUUUCUUCGGUUAAGAGUGUAGUAAGUCAAAAUGUCAUAUGAAUUGAUUGAUGUGUGUUUGAGGAUGGGAGUGCGUGUGUACAUGAUCACACUCGCACAGGUAUAUGUGUUUGUGCAUGCAUAUAUGUCUGUCGUGUAAUAUACUCCAAAUUACAAUAAAUGCUUUACAUUUUCAUAAAACAUAAUUUUGCUAAUCAUAUUGUGAAAAUGCAGUAAUAAGUAAAAGGCAGUUUUGAUGAUAAUAUUGCAAUAUUGACAUUUUUUGAAAGUCACUGCACUCUUCUGUAUCACCUGAAACAAUUCAAAGCCUAACAGUAUUCUCUUUCUGUAGUCAUUGUAUUCCAUGAUGUGUAGUAGUCUGGACCAUGAAAGUUUGCAGUAAUGCAAAACUUCAAAGUAGCUUUAGUAAAGUUACUACAUUUUUGUCAAAUAUUGAGUCAACAGAUUUACCUUCAGAGUUUGAAGCAUGCAAAUGUGGAGAACUGGUAGAAUUAGUUCCUGCAAGAGUUAUCCCAAAUAAAGCUUUAAAAUAAUUGAUAUUGAUCUCUUAUGGGCAACUUAAGGUAGAUAAUAUAUUGUUUUUAUAUAAUCAAGUAUUUCAUCAAAACUAGUCUAAUAUGUACUAGUUAUUCUUUUCCAGUCAAAAUGUGAUUUGACUUAUAUUUUGUACAAAUGUUUGACAGAUUGUAUCAAAUAAACUUCUUCUAAU